GGAUCCCUACCUGAGCCAAAGGCAGAUGCUCAAACGCUAAGCCAGGUGCCCUAGACUCCAAGGCUUAAACAAAGCUACAGGUAAUUUCCAAUACGUUUCCUAUUAUAAUAUAAUUAAUAGAAUCAGAAUACAAUUAACAUAUAAUUUCACCUGUUGUCUAGAUCCUUUAAUCCUUUUUUCAAGAUCCUUUAAUUCUAAAACAGUAUUUGUCGAUUCUGUUGAAGUACUGAGAAGGCUAUUUUCCACAAGUUCAAGCAUAAUUUAUUGGAGAGAAUUGAUGCCCUGCUUACAUUUUCAGGAUUGCCUUUCAAGUGAGCAUUUAACAAAAUACAUCCCAAGGCAAGUUCAUCUGAUUAUGUUAUGUUUAUGUUUCAUGCAUGGUUUUGAGAUUGAAAAUCACUGCCCAGAGAUACUGUAAUUAUAAGAUAGGCAUAGGGAUAGAAUAUAGUUGUGAGCUCUUAUUCUAGCAUCAUAAUCACUGUAUGCCAGGGAUGUACCCUUGGCACAUUCCGCAUUUUUAAAAAAUAUUUUAUUUUUAAGUUAUCUCUACACCGAGGUGAGGCUCAAAUCCACAACCCCAAGGUCAGGAGUUGCAUGCUCCACUGGCCGAGCCAGCCAGGCACCUUGACAUUUGACGUAUUUUGAAUGGAACUCUGAGAGCAUAUAGAUCUCGGGAAGCCCUUUUGUUACUUUGUUACUUUUUAUGUGUGUUUGUAUAUACUAUCCAUUCAGUUUUUUUCUUCGUUUCACACCAUACUAAAAACGUAGAAAAGUCCUCUAAAUAAAUUACCUUCCUUUUCUAACAUUCCGUAGAAUUAUUUUGUUAUGGACCCGGUAGAGAGAGUUUGUGAGGCUUAAAAAAAAAAGAAAAGAAAAAAAGAAAAAAGUUCUUUAUUUUGAUUUGCUUUUAAAAAUCCGCUUUAUUUCAAGUCUCUUUUUCUGGAGUCAGUCAUUAUGGAUUUAACCCUGUAGUACCUUUUGUUAUAAUUCGCUGUGUUUCCUGGGUGUUCUUUCCGAAGCAGGCCCACAUCCUCAGCUCAUCCACUUAGCCCCGACUCUUAGGGCACCCCAAGGGAGAGCCUUGGCACCACCCACUUAAGGCGGGUACGAAUCACAGGCUUCUGCAAAAGUUGAUGGAUGGGACCGUACUCACCCCACCCCACCCCCGCCGCUGUCAUCGCUGGACACUGGUGAUUGGCUGUGGGCGGAGGGCGCGGGACCAAUGGGAGCGGCUUCCCGAGGGAGCCGGUGGAGCGCGCGGGAAAGAGACCAAUAUAAACCGUGGCGGGAGAUUUCGCUUUCGGGUCCUUGUGCAGUUAAACACCCUCGGUUGGAAAGUCGGUUGAUUGCUCUCAUCUCGCGUUUGAACAUGGUGCGGACAAAAGCGGACAGUGUCCCAGGCACCUACAGAAAAGUGGUGGCUUCGCGGGCCCCCAGGAAGGUGCUUGGUUCCUCUACUUCUGCCACUAACUCCACAUCGCUUUCAUCGAGGAAAGUUGAAAAUAAGUAUGCAGGAGGGAAUCCGGUUUGUGUACGCCCAACUCCCAAGUGGCAAAAAGGAAUUGGAGAAUUCUUCAGGCUGUCUCCUAAAGAUUCUGAAAAAGAAAAUCGGAUUCCUGAAGAGGCAGGAAGUAGUGGCUUAGGAAAAGCAAAAAGAAAAGCACGUCCUUUGCCACCUGAUCACUCAGAUGACGAAAAAGAAUAGAACUUUCAUAAUUCAUCCUUGACUAAUGUGUCCUGUUUAUUAUUCUAGGAUGUAAAUUUGCAUAAAUGUAUUUGUUCCAAUUAGUUUUGUUGAAUAGGCAUUUAAUUUAAAAAAUGAGGCUUACAUACAGUUACUCUAAAGCAAGUGAUUAUGAUAUUAGAGACUUUGUAAGAUUAAUUAUGGUUAUUUAGUUUAGUAUUCAGUAUAAUGCAGUAUUUGGUUUCUUAUACCUGUUGUUAUUAAGCUUCUUGUUCUUGCUAAAAAUUAAUCAUUGCAUGGUGUUCCAAUUAUGAAUCUGCUGUGUUUGAGAUUUGCUUAGAUCUUUGUACUGCUGCCAUUUUUAUUGGCAUUUGAUUAUUGGAAUGGUGCCAUAUUUUCAUUCCUUUUAUUUGCUUUAGGAAGCAGAGUUAGAUUUUUGCACAUUAAAAAAUUCAGUAUUAAUUAAACUGAACUUAUACCCUUUUUAAGAAAGAGGGCCAAAGAUGCAAUGUUGAAAAAUUUGGACAGCUAUGUAUCUUUUCCUUAAGGGCAAUUUGGCUUGAAGAUUAAACAGUUGAUAAAGCUUCUAACAACAAAACAGAUAAAAUACUAGCAUACAAUUAGACAAGAAUAUUUUAUAGACUACAUUAAAAGAGAGAACUUUUCCUAGAAUAUGCCUUUGAUUCAGUAUCAUAAAAUAUUACCCUUUGGGCUUAUAAUUUUAAAGUUGGAAAUCAAUAAAACAUGAAAGGCAACAUGCCAUAAACCUAGAGAUCUGUCUAGAAUCCUUAGAGCUACCAUUAUAUAUUUUAAGAUAACCAGGGGUGUAAUUAGAGGUGGGUACAAUAUAACCUAGUAACUGAUAUUACUUCCUCAUCAUACUUUUUGCUCCCUGACCUCCUGUUGUCAAAAUUAAUCAUGUUUUAACAAGUGUUUUCCUGAACUUUAUUUUUAAUAAAUGAGUACUUAUUUUCACAACA